CCCCCCCCCCACCACCAUCACCACGACUUCCACCUCCCAACCCAUGGCUGUACUACCCCCCCUCUGCCUCUGCUACUGCGCGUCUGGCAUAUAAAGAGACACUUUAGUCCCUUUGGUUCAGUCUUCCACACCCAGGCACUAUGAGACCUCAGGUAGCCCUUCUCGUACUGGCGGUCGCAGCCGUCGUGUCCAACGCCCAGGAAUACAGCACUGAGGAAGUCAUUAGGAACCUGCAAACCACAGCAGACGCAGAGGAGUUGGUCGACUGUGUUCUCGGCACCCGCCAGCCCAGACUGCCCUGUAGGCAGAUGUUCUUGGAUUUCAGACGUUUCUUGCCCGACAUCUUCGAAAAUAACUGCCGCGGAUGCUCGGAUCAGCAGAAGGGCGUGAUGCAGGAGGCAGCGGUGUUCCUGCAGAGGAAUCACAAAGACUACUUCAACCGACUCUCGCGGGGCAUCAGGAGGUCCUUCGGUUGAGCCGCCGCGCCUGCCGUCCCUUCAGCAUGGAUCCUGGCCCUGCCUUGAGGCUCUUGCUUUGAAAUAUAUCUUUUGUAAUUCAAAAUCAAUUGUCAUUAAAGUUAUGAUUAUUA